GUAAAUCAAGGUAACCUCUUUUCUAAACCCUAACAAAUCUCCCCCAAUCACGAAAACUAAUGUCCUUAAGCAAAUUCCACGGUGGCUCCUCCUCCUGCUCCUCCUCUGCCACGGCUUGCGCUGCUUGUAAAUACCAGAGGAAAAAGUGCACCGAACACUGUAUUCUCGCUCCUUACUUCCCACAAGAAAAACAAAAUCAGUUUCUAAACGCCCAUAAACUGUUUGGAGUAAGUAACAUCACAAAGUUCAUCAAAGGAGUUGAAGAAUGUCAACGGGACAUAGCUAUGACUAAUCUUAUGUUCCACGCCAAUGCACGUGCUCGAGAUCCAGUUUGGGGAGUUUGCAAGAUCAUGCUUGAUCUGAAGAACAAGAUUGCUUGUACUCAGGCUGAACUUAACUUGAUUCAUCAACAGAAUCUUGCCAUGUGUCGAACUAUAGCUCUCCAGCAGCAAUUUGGUUGCUAUUCGUACGGAGAUUUAUUAGAACAAGGAGACGAAUACCUUAAUAUUGAUGGUCAUGUUCAUCAGAAACAGAGUGUGCUGAACUACGAGAUGUUUAUGGAGAUGCCUAUCAAGCUUGAGAAGGAAAAAGUUUCUAUGGACACAAGAAUGCAGUGAACCAGAUAACUAUGCUUUUAAGUCUUUCUAGUCUUUUUGUGUUUUUGUACACUCUCCGAAGUUUAGUUUUAAUUUGUUUUCGUGUUUACCACUGCUCUUUUCUUUGCUAUAGUUUCUCAGAUUGUCCAAAUCUAUCCUCGUAGUAGUAGCAGUAUUUUAUACCAGUUUGUUCACAAAUUUAGUUUUAGUUUUCAGCUUUUUCUUCUUUAACGUCUUAUAAUUUUUCAUAAAGUUCAAAGGUAAUUCCUUCUUUUUUUCAUAGAUUAUAAAUUGCUCUAGGUUGGGAAAAUGAUGGAGCUAAGCUGAAAACAAAAUCAGGUCAGGACUUAACUUUUGACGCAAGCAACAACUCUAAUUCCCCCAAAAGGGUUACACAGUUCACUAGACAACCUGAUCCUAUAUUUCGAUGAAUCUACUAUCAAAAUAACCAGAGAGAGUACAAGUUAUGCUGCUGUAAAC